GAGGUUAGGUUUUUUUGUUUUUCCAAACAACAACAAUUUCUCAGAAACUUCAAUUUCUUUCUUUUUAACUUUUUAGUGUUUAUUGUUAAUUAUUAAAAAAUUCCUUUGUACUAUAUGCAAAUAAAAUUAACUUUUAAAAUUUUCGUGGAAAAAUGUCCGAGAUUAGUACUCGGAUUGAGGAGAUCUCAAAGAAAAUCCAAGACGUUGAUGCUGAAAUCUUUCGGCUAAAGCGGAAGAGGCAUGAGCUUGAGCUUCAGAAGGAGAAGCUGAAAGAGAGGAGUUUUGCAGAGAAAUCUCAGUAUUUGGCAAAUAGAAAUUGGACAGAUGAGUUUCCGUGGUCUGGUGACAUUGGAAAGCACCUCAAGGACACAUUUGGGCUGAAGGAAUUCCGGGAGCAUCAGGUGAAAGCUAUAAAUGCAAUCCUCUCGAAGCACGAUGUGAUUCUCGUUGCACCAACGGGGGGUGGAAAGAGUCUCUGCUAUCAGCUUCCUGCCGUCACGACGGAUGGUUUAACCCUUGUUGUAUCUCCCCUGCUGUCCCUCAUGGAAGAUCAAGUGUGGCAAAUGCAGAAAUUGGGCGUGAGCGUUGAAUUACUCACGUCAACAACGGAGAAAGCUUCCCUGCAGCGAAUCCUUAAGCAACUCUCCGAUCCGGGUAAUGAAUUAGCCUUUAAGCUUCUCUACGUUACCCCGGAGAGAUUGGCGAAGAGUAAGAGAUUCAUGAGUUCCCUGCAGAAGUGCUACUUUGCAAAGAAACUCGAUAGAAUUGCCAUAGAUGAAGUUCAUUGCUGCUCUCAGUGGGGCCAUGACUUUCGUCCUGACUACAAAUUUCUCGGUUCAAUGAAGACAACCUUCCCGGAUGUUCCCAUACUCGGGGUAACAGCUACAGCCACGGAAAAGGUGAUCAUGGAUGUGCAGAAGAUGCUAAAUAUUCGUGAUUGCUUAGUCCUCAAGGCACCCUUCAAUCGUCCCAAUCUCUACUACCAAGUCAUGGAAAAACCCGGCGAGAAGAAGGUUCUCGUGGAGCUUCUGGCGAAUCUCCUCCGGAGACGCUAUGCGGGGAAGAGUGGCAUCAUCUAUACGCAUUCCCAGAAGGAUGCUGAAGAUCUGGCACAAGCUCUCACGCUUCACAAUUGCAAGGUGAAUCCCUACCAUGCUAAUCUGAGCCCCGAAGUCCGUACGAAGGUGCACGAAAAUUGGCUUUCCGGACAGAUUCAAGCUGUUGUGGCUACUGUUGCCUUCGGGAUGGGCAUUGAUAAGCCGGAUGUGAGAUUUGUCAUUCACCACACAAUGAGCCGAAGUAUGGAGAAUUUUUAUCAGGAAACAGGACGCGCUGGUCGCGAUGGGAAGUACGCCGAAUGCCUCCUUCUCUACAGAUUCACGGACGCCUUCAAGAUAACAACGAUGAUGUUUGCCGAGCAAACGGGGCUACCCAAUGCCUACUCAAUGAUUCAGUACUGUAUCAGUACCCAAUGCCGGAGGGAUGUGAUUAGUCAGCAUUUUGCUGAGGUGUGGAAUGAGAGUGAUUGCGGGAGGAUGUGUGAUCGAUGUCGCUUCCGGAAACGUCUAACACCACCCAAGAUGAACAUUUCAAGGCACAUUGAGGAUCUCUUGAAGAUCAUUGAGCAAGCCGAUGGGAUGGAUGUGAAGCUGACAGCGGCAAAGCUGGUGGAUGCGUGGUACCAGAAGGGACCAUCGUACUUGCGUGUCCCGAAGCAGGAAGCACCGUAUUUCGAUCGAACCUACGCUGAACAGAUCAUUGCCUACCUUCUUCUGGAGGAUUACCUCAAGGAGGACUUCCACUACACUGCCUACAACACCAACAGCUACAUCCGCAAAGGGCCAAGGCAGCAUAGCUCCGAUAUGAUGGUGGAGAUCAAUAGGGCACGAUUUGUGGAUCUUCCGGAAGAUUUUCCCCCAAAAGAUGACUCAGACGAUGACAUUGUUCUCAUAUCGCACUCUCCGCCAGGCAAAAGUCCCCCAAAGAGACCCACAAGACGUACAAAUACAUCAACACGUACAAAGCGACGCAGGAUGUUGCAGAAAACAUCGCGAAAAUCUUCACGAAAAAUGGAGGACAGCAGUAGUACUGAUUCUGAUGCUACAGAUGAUGUGGAACUUGUGGAAGAGACGCCGAGUUUCUUUGUGGAUCUCGAUGAUUCUCUUUGCAACUAAAAAGUACAUUUUCUUCUCUAUAAAAUGUUAAAAGAAAAACUUUAAGAUCUAACAAUAAAUCUAUAAAGGAAAA